AUGAAGCUGUUUGUGGCUGCCUGUCUGGUGGCGCUGGCCUCGGCCGUGCCGCUCGACUCCCGCGUGGAGGACCAGGACGAGCUGGAGAUGCACGAGAUGUGGGCGCCCACCUACCAGGAGGUGCAGGAGAAGGUGCUGGACCAGGCCUUCUGGAAGGACAUCGCCCAGGACAUCCUGCGCACCAAGCUGGCCGACCCCGUGUACGACUACCAGGCCAAGAAUGCCGUGCUCUUCAUCGGCGACGGCAUGUCGAUCCCCACGCUGGCCGCCGCCAGGAAGCGCAAGGGUCUGCAGCACGGCGCCGACGUGCCCGAGCACACCAUGCUCUCCUGGGAGACCUUCCCCUACCUGGGCCUGUCCAAGACCUACAACUGCGACCGCUGGACGGCCGACUCGGCUUCCACCGCCACCGCCUACCUGACCGGCGCCAAGGGCAACUUCCUCACGGUCGGCGUCGACUGCUCCGUGCUCAUCUGGAACUGCGACGCCGUCAACGAGGCGUCCUCGCCCAAGUCGAUCCUCCGCUACGGAGUGGAGGCCGGUAAGUGGGUCGGCCUGGUGUCCACCGCCCGUAUCACGCACGCCUCUCCCGCCGCCACCUUCGGCCACACCGCCUACCGCACCUGGGAGUCGGACGCCGACUUCGCUGCCAUGGAGUGGAUGACCGGUCCCGUCAAGGACUCGUGCAAGAACGUCAUGAAGGACCUGUCCACCCAGUUCGUCGAGCGUGAGGGCAUCGACAUCAACGUUGCCUUCGGCGGCGGCUGGGGCAAGUUCACGCCCAAGGAUGUCGAGGGCGGCUCCCGCCUGGAUGGCCGCGACCUGAUCCAGGAGUGGAAGGACAAGCAGGAGUCCCUGGGACGCAGCCACGCCUACAUCAGCACCAAGGCCGAGCUGAACAGCUUCGACGCCUCCUCUGCCGACUACGUGCUGGGUCUGUUCAGCCGUAGCCACAUGCAGUACCGCGCCUUCCAGACCGCCGACGAUGUCAACUUGACCGAGAUGGGCGCCAAGAUCGAUCACGGCCACCACUACGGCAACGCCUACACGGCCAUCGACGAGACCGUGGAGUUGGAGGAGGUCGUCCAGCACGUCAUGGACAACACCGACGAGACGGAUACUCUGAUCGUCGUCUCCUCCGAUCACUCCCACACCUUCUCCAUCAACGGCUACCCGGAGCGCGGCCUGGACAUGUUCGGCCCUGCCUCGUUCCUGGCCGGCGGCAUGCAGAAGGGUGGCCCGCCGCCCAAGCUGCCUUACCCGAUUAUGCAGUACGCUAACGGUCCGGGCGGCUCCGAGGACUGGUACGAGUUCGAGGCCAAGCGGGCUCGCCUCGCUGACAUGUCGCCGGAGGCCGAGUGGCGCGACCCGCACUACAAGCAGGUGGCCGGCAUCUACCUGCCGAAGGAGACCCACGGCGGUGAGGAUGUCGGCAUCUUCGCGCGCGGCCCUGGCGCCCACCUGCUGCGCGGCAGCCUGGAGGAGAACGUCAUCCACCACGUCAUCAACUACGCCCUCUGCCAGGGUGACUACGCCACCAUCUGCGACAAGAAGUAA